AUGUACAAGAGGAAUGGUCUGAUGGCUAGCGUGUUGGUCACCUCCGCCACUCCACAGGGCAGCAGCAGCUCAGACUCUCUGGAGGGCCAGAGCUGCGACUAUGCCAGCAAGAGCUACGAUGCCGUUGUCUUCGACGUCUUGAAAGUGACUCCCGAGGAGUUUGCUAGCCAGAUCACACUAAUGGACAUCCCUGUGUUUAAAGCCAUCCAGCCGGAGGAACUAGCCAGCUGUGGAUGGAGUAAGAAGGAGAAACAUAGUCUCGCCCCAAACGUUGUGGCCUUUACCCGGAGGUUUAACCAGGUCAGCUUUUGGGUUGUACGAGAAAUUCUAACAGCACAGACUUUAAAAAUAAGGGCAGAAAUCCUGAGCCAUUUUGUGAAAAUAGCCAAGAAACUCCUAGAACUCAACAACCUUCACUCUCUCAUGUCUGUGGUGUCGGCAUUACAAAGUGCGCCCAUCUUCAGGCUGACAAAGACCUGGGCUCUUUUGAAUCGAAAAGACAAGACCACCUUUGAGAAGUUGGACUACUUGUUGUCUAAAGAAGAUAAUUACAAGCGGACUCGGGAAUACAUCCGAAGCCUGAAGAUGGUUCCUAGUAUUCCAUACCUAGGGAUCUAUCUUCUGGAUUUAAUCUAUAUUGAUUCUGCAUAUCCUGCCUCAGGCAGCAUUAUGGAAAACGAACAAAGAUCCAAUCAGAUGAACAAUAUUCUCAGAAUAAUCUCAGAUUUACAAGUCUCCUGCAGCUAUGAUCACCUCACAACCCUGCCCCACGUGCAGAAGUACCUGAAGUCUGUGCGCUACAUCGAAGAGCUCCAGAAGUUUGUGGAAGACGACAACUACAAACUGUCGCUCAGAAUUGAACCCGGAAGCAGCUCUCCAAGACUUGUCUCUUCAAAGGAAGAUCUUGCAGGCCCCUCCGCCAGCUCCAGCUCUGCAAGGUUCAGCCGGCGGCCUACCUGUCCUGACACAUCUGUGGCUGGCAGCCUCCCCACACCCCCGGUCCCAAGACACAGGAAGAGCCACAGCCUGGGCAACAACAGGGGACGUCUUUAUGCCACGCUGGGGCCCAACUGGAGGGUUCCAAUCCGGAAUUCUCCCAGGACGCGGAGCUGCGUCUACAGCCCCACCGGCCCCUGCAUCUGUGCGCUGGGGAGCUCGCCGGCCGUGCCCACCAUGGAGGGGCCUUUGAGAAGGAAGACUCUGCUCAAGGAAGGACGGAAGCCCACGCUGUCAUCCUGGACCAGGUACUGGGUCAUCCUCUCAGGAUCCACCCUCCUGUUCUACGGAGCCAAGUCCUUGCGGGGCACAGACAGAAAACACUACAAAUCCACGCCUGGCAAGAAGGUCUCCAUCGUGGGCUGGAUGGUGCAGCUGCCCGAUGACCCCGAGCACCCGGACAUCUUCCAGCUGAACAACCCUGACAAAGGCAAUGUUUACAAGUUUCAGACUGGCUCCCGGUUCCAUGCAAUACUGUGGCACAAGCAUUUGGACGAUGCAUGUAAAAGCAACAGGCCUCAGGUACCUGCAAACCUCAUGUCAUUUGAGUAA